CCUGGGUCACUAGAAGAAGAGGUGCAGAACCUUGUAAAGACAUGGGAGAUGGAGCUUUUCCAUAAGGCCAACCUUGAUGAUUUCAAGACACUUGAUCCCACUAAGUACACUUUCAGUCUAAAUGGAAGGAAAGGCAUAACCCUGGAAGAAAUAGGCAAACUUGAAGUGUGUGGAAUGUCCAUUUUUACGGUGGAUGAGCACAACAAAAUUGUGAAGGUGGAGUUCUUUUACGACCCUGGACAACUGCUUGGAAGUCUUUUGAAGGGUGAAAAAUUGGGUACUUCUUCCCAAGAGACAGCCUCAAUCUGCCCUGUCCUUAGGAGUACAGGGUAG